AACGGCGGCCCCACAAUCGCGUUGCUGCUGAUCUUCGGCGCGUUUCUGCUAGCAGCGCAGCCAUCCAGAGGCGCACCACGCCAGUGGUGGCGUAACGGUGCCGAGUCCCAGCCUUUUGCGGCGCCCGCCAGAGGCAACGCGGGCAAAUUCCAGGCGCCAGACACCGCCGGUUCUGCCGUGUACAUCGUGCGCCUGAGCACGGCGCCCCCCCUCUCCGAAUACCGCGGCGGAAUUGCGGGGUACCCCGCCACUGCCACGUGGGACGACGGCAGCGACGAGGAGGAGAACGACGACGACCGCGUGCCGGAGAUGCUUCUCGCGGCCGAAGAUUCCGGCGCAGCAGGCGGCGAAUCCGAGUCAGAGCCCGAGUCCGUCGACUUGGACGACACCAACGCCGAUCAGCACUUCCCCAACGCAACUGCGCCAGCGCCAGCAGAUGCGGCGCCUGAAACCAGUUCGACUUCCAGCGCACGCGGUGGUCGUGGGAAUGGUGGUGGUAGCAGCAGCGGCAGCGGCGGGUGCGCGCGGCACAGGCUGCAUCUGAGCAUGGACCGCCCCCAGGUGGCAGCGUUCGCGUCGCUGCUGCAGCGGCAGCAGGCGCAGGUGGCAUCUGAGGCGGGCGUGGGCGACGGCGACCUGCUGUACAGCUUCAAGCACACGUCCAACGGCUUCGCCGCGCGCCUCACCCCGCGCCAGGCGUGGCGCCUGCAGCGCCAUCCCGCCGUGGCGUCCGUGCGCCGCAGCCGCGUGUUCCAGCGGCGGACCAGCGACUCGCCCAAGUUCCUGGGGCUCCCCGGAAAGGUGUGGCCCGCCGUGGGCGGAUAGAGCAAGGCGGGCGACGGCACGGUGGUGGGGAUCAUCGACACGGGCAUCUGGCCCGAACACCCCUCGUUCUCCGACAAGGGGUUUAGUUCGAACUUCCCCUCUGGGUGGAAGGGUAAAUGCGAGCAGUCCAACUCGUUCCGAUGCAACAACAAGGUGAUCGGCGCCAAGGCGUUCUACACCGGGUUUCAGCGGGCCAGCGGCAAGCCCGCGCUGGCGAACGACUGGCUCACGCCACGAGACGCGGACGGGCAUGGCACGUGGUGCGCGGGCGCGGCGGCGGGGAGCCCGGUGGGGCUGCAGGGCGGCGGGCAGGUGAGCGGCAUGGCGCCGGCUGCGCGGAUCGCGGCGUACAAGGUGUUCUGGACGGACCGCAGCAGCGGGGAAAUGUAUGCGGACGAGUCAGACAUCAUCGCAGCCGUCAAUCAGGGCGUGGCGGACGGCGUGGAUGUGCUGUCGCUGUCCCUGGGGGCAUGGAUCCCAACGACAACUAUUUCAACGACCUGGCUUUUAUGCGGGCCAACGCUGCCGGGGUGUUCAUUGCCUUUGCUGCUGGUAAUGCUGGCGCUCCGGGCCAGUCACAGGGGGGUGGUUACCGCACGGUGGACAACUUCGCACCCUUCUUUCUGACUGUGGGCGCCAGCACCAUCGCACGGGGAGCGUCCCUAGCUUCGGCAGCAGCAGCAGCCGGCACUCAGUCGCUCCCCCUCAAUGCCAUUGCCGGCGCCGCCAGCACCAACAGCACUGUCAACUGCAACGGCACUGGCAGCGGCAACAGCACAGGCAACGGCACCAUGCCAGGUGAUGGCAGCGGCACCACUUUCACUGCCGACGGAGGUAUCACCUUCGCCACCUCCUCCUCCUCCGCCCCGGUGGUUGCUGA